ACUUCAUAGAUAGCGUCUGUGAUUGUUGACAUCAGAGCCAACAAUGUCACAAUAUAAAUAAUUUUAUAUGGCAUAGGAAAGCGUACAAAUAAUAUCGGAUACAUUCAGUAAAAUGGAAGUUCUUGAAUUAAAAGAUGUAAAAGCUGUACCUGACAUAAUUCAUUCGUAUCCGGACAGAGUAAAAUCUGAAGGAACACCACUUGUUAUUGACAAUGGAUCAUACAACUGUAGAGUAGGAUGGGCUACUGAAAAAGAACCCCAGUUGAUAUUUAAGAAUUUAAUUGCGAAGCCAAGAAAGGAACGUGGAAAGAAGGAUGGAGAACCUCAAGUUGGAAAUGACAUAGCAAACAUUGAAGCUGUACGUUUCCAAUUGAAAACACAAUUUGACAGGAAUGUGGUAACCCACUUUGAAGCUCAGGAACAAAUAUUCGAUUAUACUUUUGCUCACAUGGGAAUAGACACAGAAGGCGCUAUUAAUCAUCCAAUUAUUUUAACUGAAACUUUUCUAAAUCCUAAUUAUUCUAGAAAUUUGAUGGCAGAACUUUUAUUCGAGUGUUACAAUGUACCAGCAAUAGCAUAUGGAGUUGAUUGUCUGUUUUCUUAUCAGCAUAAUAAUUGUCCACCAGAUGGUUUAAUUAUUAGUAUUGGUUAUCACACUACACAUAUAAUACCAAUACUAGAUGGUAAAGCAGAUCCUAUAAAUGCAAGGAGGAUCAAUGUUGGUGGAUAUCAUAUUACGUCUUAUAUGCACAGACUGCUCCAAUUAAAAUAUCCAGUACAUGUAAAUGCUAUAACACCAAGUAGAGCAGAGGAGUUAAUUCAUGAACAUUCUAUGAUAGCUUUAAAUUAUCAAGAUGAAAUUUCUAAGUGGGCAGAUCCAGAUCAUUAUGACUCAAAUGUGUUGAGGGUACAAUUACCUUAUGUUGCUCCUGCAAAUGCUCCUGGUUUAACAGUUGAGCAGCAAAAAGAAAGAAAACGUGAAUUAGCUAGAAGAUUAAUGGAGAUCAAUGCACGUAAAAGGGAAGAAAGGCUAGCAGAAGAUGAAGAGCAGUUAAAUCAGUUAUUAGCUGUUCAAGAUUUAUUAGAAGAAGGAGAUACUGAUGAAUUUGAUCAGGCUUUAAAAACUUAUUCACUUGCCAAUGAGACGGACUUGAAAAAAAUGAUUCAGAAUUUGCAAGCGAAGGUAGAAAGAACAAGACAGAAAAUAGUAGCAGCUAAUUCACAGGAAGAAAAUAUUGUAAUGGAGGAGCAAAAGCCAAAAAUAAAAACUAGUCUACAACCUAAAGAUCAACAAGAUUUCGACGAAUGGAUUGCUGGCGUUAGGAAAAAACGGCAAGAAAUAUUAGAAAAACGAAUGGCUAAAAGACAACGUAGACAAGACAUGGCAAAACGUAGAACAGCUGCAGCUCAGGAAAGAAUGCGCAUAAUAAGUCAACUGGCGAGGAAGGAGAAACGCGAUGAUGAUUUUGGUAUGAGGGACGAAGAUUGGGACGUCUACAAAGUCAUAAAUCGGGAAGGUGGAGAUUCAGAUUCAGAGUUAGAACAAGAAAAGCUAUUAGAAUUAGAAGAUGUCUUACGACAUCAUGAUCCAGAAUUUGAUGGAGCCGGAUCCAAUGUUCCUAUGGUACCUGGAGAAACUCACCAGUUACAUGUAGGCGUAGAACGUUUAAGAGCCCCAGAAAUAUUAUUCCAACCGUCUAUGAUAGGCUCAAUGGAAGCGGGUAUUGCUGAGACCAUUGAAUUUGUUUUAAAAUUAUACCCACCUGAACAACAGUUACGACUCGUCGGAAACAUAUUCCUUACCGGUGGACCAACAAGAUUUCCGGGUUUGCUAGAAAGAUUGAACCGUGAGCUCCGCGAAAUUAGACCGUUCGGUUCUAAUUUUCAAAUAAACAUCGCAAAGAACAGCAGCAUAGACGCAUGGUACGGUGCAAGAGACUUUGGCCUGAAUGGAAAUCUCCCUGAGUUCCUAGUGACCAAAAAGGAGUAUGAAGAAAAAGGUGGUGAAUAUUUCAAGGAACAUUUAACAAGUAAUACUUACACCAGAUCACCUGAUCCAUUACCUGUGAUACAAGUUCCUGUGACAUCGGAGCAAAUCAUUGUGGAAGAUGCAGUUGUUGAUGUCGAAAUGGAAUAAGGAUUUUGUAUACA